AAAUUCGUUUCAGUUGAGCACAUUUUCAGUUAGAAAACAGUUUUACUCACAUUUUGAUAUUUACCAGUCGUGUUUCGUACGCUCUACGUCAAUUUAUAACGCCACACUAUUUGCAUCGCCAGUUACAAAUAACCAGAAAAUAAAACAGGAGCUCCCAACAUGGCUGACGAAUUCGAUGGCUGCGAAUGCAUUUGGUCCCAUGAGUUGGCCAUGCAAAGGCUCCUCAACUUUAUACGCCAAAAUCAGAAUGCCUGCACAGAUACCGAGUGCAUUGAUGUCAGCGGACGCGUAGCUCAGCCGGCGAUUGGCGGCGGCGACACCGGCGGAAGCUUCACCAUAGCCAUGGUAUUCAUGCUGCUGGCCAUGUUUAUGUAUGUGGUGAAUCCGAGCGUUUGGGCCAGUUUCUCCAACAAUAAGCCCAGUCGACGUGAUAACAAUCCGGAUGGUGCGCCACCGCCGCAGCCACCUCCGGCGAUCAAUUGAGCUGCCGCUGGACAUGAUUAGAGCUUGCAUUUUCCUUUGGUUAUAGCUACAUACACAAA